AUGCGUUCUGUGACUCUUCCGAUUCCGUCUGGCUUCGAUGGCCCAGCGCACGAGUCCCCGUCACGAGACUCACCCAGUUGGCUUCGCUCUGAUUACUCCAGAAAUGCUUUGGCCGCAGUGAAUGACCAUCGGCGACAGAGUCCCUCGGUCUCGAGUGAAAGUGGCGCCCUGCCUGCGUCGUUGAGAGCACAGGACAGUCCAAAGAGUGGAAGUCCAGCGGCGCAUUAUGUGUCCCCCUCAUAUUCUGGGCUCACCUCUUCCUCUACUGGGGAUCUGCCGCUCCGGUAUGAGCAUUCCCGUGUCAACAGUACCGAAUCGACCCCUGGAGCUGCACGGGGAUCCGCCUCAACGGGCAGAUAUUAUGAAAGCCGCAGACAAGGUACUGAUGUAUCUCGCCCUUCAAACCAGGCUCAGGAGCCAAGCAAAGCUCAUGGCCCAGAGCUCUCUUCCUCAAUUCCUCGCGAACACAGCAAGAGCAUUUUGAACCUGUUCUCAAGAAAGAAAGGACACAAAACCGAUGUGCCCAGCCAUCCUUCUUCCGAAGACUUGGAGUCUCCGCCAAGCCCCGAGGCGCGAACGAACGGCUAUCUUCCCUAUCAGCCCGCAUUCAACUCGAGUGACAUGUCCUUAGGGGAGCGAUCAUCCUCAGUCAUUCCGACCAAAACCAAGAAAUGGAUGUUUGGUACCAUGGACGGUGUCAACUACCGCUUGAUUGACAUAACCGACUGGGACUCCGUGGAGACGCUUCGGGCUGGAAUCUGUCAUGCUCUAGGAAUAUCCGACUGGAGCGGUGCCCAGAUAUUCCUCACUCAACCUGGACAGACAGAGCACGAGGACCCCAUGAGCGACUCGAUCUUGGCAGUGAGCCGGAGAACGAAAUCGGACGCUUAUGGGUCGUUAAAGGUCUUCGUCAAGGGUGUGCUAAAUUCUCACUCAGCAAAUCAAACACCGCGGUUUGAUGGCCUGGGAGUUUCGAUACCUUCCGAAAAGCCAGCACUGUCUCCCACGGCUGCCCACGGUUCGAUCCAUCGAAAGCCCUUGGAGGAAGCCGCGCUGAAUAGGAUAUCCCCCAAAACCCAAGGAAAGCCAUAUAGUGACUUGCUAGGCUCUCGGCAAAAUACCCUCAAAGCCACGCCGGCGAAAUCCCUCCCUGAUGGAUCUCCCGACCCUGGCUUGAUUCAAGAUCCUGACAAGAUGGAUUUGCUCGCCCGUCAUGAGGCGCACAUGCGGGAGGUCGAACGCAAACAGAAGGAAAACCGCAUUUCUCGUUUGCCUCCGCCAACUUCGCAACAAACACGGAAGGACACAUAUGGAGACACAGGGUAUCGGCGUGAAGGUGUUAUUGACUUUGAUUCUCCACGGCUGUCUCCAUACGAGGAAAAGAAGGUCGAGAAAUCCGAAACUUUGGUUCCUUUGCGAAAACCUCCUGUGGCACCCAAUGAGUCGAACACACUCACCAAAGUCAACUCGUUGAGAAAAGUGCCAGGCGAGCGAGGAGAACGCCACCGUCAACAGACGCAAGCUACAGGGCAAUCGCACGGUCUUGGGGCGGUGCUGGCAACCGUCGGGCGAAUCUCGGGCGCUAUCGAUUCAGGCAGCAAUGUAACUGCUUUCGGUGGCGAGUACAGCCUGGACACUGUUCCUCCAUUCGCCUCUCGCUCUACACCAAAUGAAACUUCCCCUCAAAAUACAACUUCGGAGAAGCCCACCGCGCAGUCCCGAAAAUCAUUCGGCCCAGAAUUUGACUUCGAGGAAUCCGAGGGCGGAGCCCCGAAACCUGCACCGGAACUUGAGAAAAGACGAAAACCCUCAUUGAGCUUGGAUACUGAUAAUGCCAAGCCGCGUCGAGUUGUGAGCUUCAUCUCACCUAACACAUCCUCAGGGAAGGGCUUUGCCACGCCAGUCAGCGGAGAAAGGAAAGGAGGUGAAUUUUCCGCCCAGCCAAGGAAGUUCUCCGGCACGUUCUAUGGAUCAGAUUCGUCGGAUGAUGAUGAGCCCAAUCGCAGGGACUCGUUUGUCAAUGGCGAUGUUUGGGCUAGCAGACCUGCUGUCGAGGGUGUCAUCGAUAACCUUGACAGCUUCUUCCCGAAUGUCGAUCUCGAUGCUCCUUAUCUCGAGGAGCCACCUUCGCCUAAUGCGGCAAAGGGAGAUCCAGACGCCAGCGCAACCAUUAGAGCCAGACAGGAUCCUUCGUUGCCGAUGUCACAGUCUGCCACGGACAUGAACAACAUGUCAUCGGAUGCGUCGACCAUGCGUCCUCCACCGGGUUCACAAGGCGGAUCUAUCGUGGCCAGGCGAAAUCUGGACCGCAGCGGUGGCUUAUCACGAAAGAAAUCAAUUCGUGAAGUGGCCAGAGGUGCCGCGCACCGAACUAAGAGCGUCAGCUCUGCUGGCCCUCAGCAGUCCGGCAACUUGUUACGACGAAAGAGCACCAAGAUGUUUGGCGCUAAGAUCAUGCAAAUUAGCCCCAAACCCGGUAAGAGACUUCGUCAACUUGACCCCAUUCCUCAAAACGCGCCUACCUCUCCAGAGACAAGUGGGACUGUCCCGCAACGCCAGCCUACCUUUCGCAUUAUUCGCGGUCAGCUCAUCGGAAAGGGUACCUAUGGUCGAGUUUACCUGGGCAUGAAUGCAGACAAUGGUGAGGUUUUGGCCGUAAAGCAGGUGGAGAUCAAUGCGAGGUUAGCAGGCACCGAUCGAGACCGCAUCAAGGAGAUGGUGGCUGCCUUAGACCAAGAGAUUGACACGAUGCAACAUCUCGAGCACCCAAAUAUUGUGCAGUAUCUCGGUUGUGAGCGGGGAGAGACGUCCAUCUCUAUCUACCUUGAGUACAUCUCUGGUGGGUCUGUGGGAAGUUGUCUACGCAAGCAUGGCAAAUUCGAAGAAAGUGUAGUGAAAUCCUUGACACGGCAGACUCUCGAUGGUCUCGCCUAUCUUCAUGACAUGGGAAUUUUGCAUCGUGAUCUGAAGGCCGACAACAUCUUGCUUGAUCUGGAUGGAACCUGCAAAAUCUCCGAUUUUGGUAUAUCCAAGAAGACCGAUGACAUUUAUGGAAAUGAUUCUUCCAAUUCCAUGCAAGGCUCGGUCUUCUGGAUGGCACCUGAAGUCAUUCAAUCACAGGGUCAAGGUUACAGCGCCAAGGUUGAUAUCUGGUCACUUGGCUGUGUCGUCUUGGAGAUGUUUGCUGGUCGCCGACCUUGGAGCAAAGAAGAAGCUAUUGGGGCCAUCUUCAAGCUUGGCAGUCUCAACCAGGCCCCACCUAUUCCAGACGACGUUUCCAUGAGCAUCAGUCCCGCAGCGCUUGCUUUCAUGUACGACUGUUUCACUGUAAAUUCUUCCGAGCGUCCCACUGCCGGGACCCUGCUCACUCGUCAUCCCUUCUGCGAACCGGAUCCAAGCUACAAUUUCCUUGACACGGAACUUUAUGCGAAAAUUCGACAUGUGCUAUGA